AGAGCCAACUUCCAACGAAAGUGCCAAUGAGAAUCCAAUCUAGCUCCCGAUUGCAUAUUUUCAUUAUAUGGAGUUGUGUAGUACACGGUACAGUAACAUGUCAUGAAGUAACAUUCUAUGUACAAAAUAAAUGCCCAUUUCCCAUUUGGCCGGCUGUUGCCCCCAACUCUGGCCACCCGGUGCUGGCCUCCGGUGGAUUUUACCUGCCAUGCGGAAACACCAGACGCAUCGAUGUUCCUUGGGGUUGGAAUGGUCGUAUUUGGGCUAGAACAGGCUGUGAUUUCACUUCAAAUUGGAAUCAAGCAUGUGAAACGGGUGAUUGUGAUGGACGUUUGGAGUGUAACGGGUUGAUCGGAAAACCACCGGCAACACUUAUCCAAAUUGCGGUACAAGCAGACAAAUCGAAACUCAAUUUCUAUGAUGUAAGUCUUGUGGACGGUUAUAACCUCCCGGUCUCAGUGACCUCCAAGCCCAUAUCAUCCAAAUGCACCAUCUUUGGUUGCCAUAGAGAUCUCAAAACUACUUGUCCCGAAGAAUUACAGGUUGUGAACAAAGAAGGACGAGUCGUGGCAUGCAAGAGUGCUUGCUUAGCGUUUGAUAACGACAGGUUUUGCUGUCGGAAUGCGUACGGAACGCCGGAAAAGUGCAAAAGGACUACAUACUCUAUGUUGUUUAAAGAAGCUUGUCCCAGUUAUUACAGUUAUGCCUACGAUACACCUCCUCCUCUGGUCACGUGCUCUGCCAAAGAAUAUAUUAUCACGUUUUGUCCGUCAAGUUGGGGUCACAGUUCCACGUAAAAAAAUCUCCAAAACAACAUUAAACGACGAUAUUAUAAGUACUUUUACAACACGAUAAUGGAUGUAUUUGAUCUAGCAUAAAGUAUCAUUAUGAACGGAUUAUAUGUAUUUCCUUUUGCUGGGGCCUUAAAUGCCCAAGUAUGUUAUACCAGAUUAUAAAAUGCGAGAUGGACCGUCUGAUCAUAAUUUCUGGGAAUGAGGGGCCAAUUGAAAAAACUUCGACUUUGCUAAGAGCAUCUCCAAAAAGACAUUCUAUUUUAAAGUUUGCAAAACUCUAUUUUUGAAGUUUCAAUAUGUUCUUCUCCAAAAGCUAAACUGCAAAUCUAACUCUAAAAUUAUUUGUAUUUUACUCUAUG